AUGGAGAUUGUGUUUGAGCGAGUGAAUGAGUUGAACACGGCAAUCUUUUUGAAUGUGAAAUGUUUGAGUCAACUUCAACAAAAAAUCCGAAAAUUAGACAAGGAGGAGAUUGGCUCGAUUUCCUUUGUGAUUGGGGACGAAGAAAAUGAGUUGUCACAGAUCAUGGACGUUCUCUCUUGUUCACAACAAAACGACCGAAGCCGUCCAGUGAGUCCCGAGAUUCAUUCUUCUCUUGAAGAUUCCAUUGAACUUGAGUUUUGUGAUUUUGAAGAGGAAAACCCUGAAGAAACUGUAGUGUUUCCUUCGCAACUUUCUUCCUCUCAGAUUUUACCCACACAAAGUUCUCAAAGUGGAAAUUUCUCACGACUUUUCGCACUCAAUCCCAGUCACAGUUUUCAAUCCACAAUUGAGACGUUCCCACCACUCCCAAUUUAUCAAAAAACGACAAACAAAAUCUCAUACAUCUCAAUUAAUGCUCUCACUCUAUUUUCUCCUCAAGAUUUCUUUAAAACACUGACACUCAAAAUAUCAACCAUUUUCAAGAGCUGUGGCUUCAAAACUCCUCUCCGCAAAUUUCAAAGCUUCAAAGUCUUUUUCAAUUGGGCAAAGAACAUCUCCGGUUUCAGAUUCGUCAUCAUCAUCACACACGCAGACGUCUUCCUCAAGAAGUUUUUGAAUUUGUUUUAUGAAGUCACCGAUUCGUUUUUAACGGCAUUUAAUAACAAUCACAUCGCUAUUAUUUUUCUAUCUCUUACCGAUAAUUUUAUUGAUAAGAAAGUCAAUUCGCGCAUUUCGUUUGGGAAAAGUUUGAUAGGUCUUCAUGGUCCUACGACGUAUAUAGAAUACAACCGGCUCUUUUAUCAAAUGACAAGCUUUCCGACGAAAACGGAAUGGAACCGGAUGCUUCAAGAGAAGUAUAAUACGACGUUAGAGGACCUUUUCCAAAUGAAUUGUAGUGUGAAUGCCCUUCGUCAAUUUUCAAAGAAGGUUUUACUCUUAAAUCGCCCAUACUUUGAGAAGAAGAGUGAGUUUCGAGUACUUGAUUCGCUUCAAAUGUUCUUUCAAAGUGGAGGAUCAAGUCUCACCCCUUUUGACUUUGUCAUGCUGAUGGGGAUCUUCCGCCUUUCACAGAUUGAAUUGAACGAGGUGAUGGGGAUAGGCGAGCUCUGUAGUUUCUUAUAUCAAAAUGUGAAUGGGAUUGAAGCACUUCAGAACAUUAAAGAGUCAUUCUUAACGGUUUCUGAUUAUCACGUCAAGUCUCUAAUUACUUUACAACGCAAAGGGUUCAUCACUUUCAAUGCGGAGAAGUCGACGGUAUCUCUGAAAGUGACGCAAAUCACUUUAAAUAGUAUUUUAGAGACGUAUUCCACUUUCCCGACAUACUCUAGUCUCGUUAAAUGGGCAUCCCUCUUACAAUUAGUCUUUCAAAAGUAA